CUCGCUUCUCUUCUUCUCUGCUUCCGGGUAAAUUAUUCUUUCUCUUCCGGUAAUCGUCUGUUCGUGUAGCAGAUCACCAAGUGUCGAUAUGGCGAAGUCCAAGAAUCACACAACCCACAACCAGUCUCGUAAAGCCCACAGGAAUGGCAUCAAGAAGCCUAGGUCUCAGCGCUACGAGUCACUGAAGGGGGUGGAUCCUAAGUUCAUGAGGAACCUGCGCUUUGCUAAGAAGCACAACAAGAAGGGGCUGAAGACCAUGAGGAAGGCGGCGCAGAAGGCAGUACCGACCACGGUGCCGACCACAGUUCAGGCCACGAAAUAAACUGCCAACCGUUCACCUCAAUGUCUGUCAGUGUUUAAUAGGCUGUUUCCACCAUCACAAUAAAGCUAUGCUUUGUUAACAAACCAA